GCUCUUUACGGAGCCAAAAUGGCGGCAGUUUCCGCAAACGCUCGGCUCUGAAAAGACAUUUACCUGCGGUCUCUACCCGCCUCCCUAUUGGUCCCCAAAGAUCCCGCCCUCAAUUUAUUCAUCGCCGAUAGGCUUGCGAUAACAUCAACUCUGUGCCUCACGCAGACAGAGGCGAAGUCAUUGGUUAGUUUAGAUGUCACAUUUCCUGGCUCCUCCUUUGUUAUUUCCCCUGACCCGUUCUGAUUGGGUGUUUUCGUCUUGGAUCUAGAGGAAAAUCCGGAGGAGACACGACCCGUGCGCAUUCAGACUAGCUGCUCAAGCGGACCGAUAGCGAGCAAUGAAAGCGAUGUUUAAAUUCCUCAGGGGGCCGAUGCACAAUCGGAUCGUGGUUUUAUAUUCCUUAUUUCUCUGUUGAAUGGUAAUUGGUUUUAAAGUAGACAUUUCUGUUUUUUUAAUUUGUUUACAAGAACAAAACAAUACUGCAGUUAAUUUGCAAAGUUGUGACCGGGGUGCGGGGCAGCACAGAGGCCGACUCCGAUCUCACAGAAUUAACAUCAAACGGUUUUUUUCAAAGUUGUGGAUUCCGGGAAAGCUUCUUUCAUAUAUUUUGGCGAUGCAGACGGAAGUCUCUGCAGACCCUGCUGAUGUGAAGGCGGUGCACAACCAUCUCCAGUGCCCCGUGCUCUUCCUGUUCACUCAGAGAGAGACGCUCGCGCUGGACAGGAGCACGGCUGAGUCUGUUGCCCGGAGACUGAGGGGAGAGGCGGGGGUGGUUCUGGUGCACAGGGAUCACCCAGGAGUGAAUGUUCCUGCAGGACACAACGUGGCAUACCGGCUGCCAGCAGAGGGCUCCCGUGUGAAGUACCUGACCCUGCAGGACGUGGAGGGGGUGGUGAGGCUCUUCACAGAGGGGGACAGGGUGGGGCUGGAGGAGGAGGAGGAGGAGGAGCUGGAGGAGCACUGGUCUGUUUUAGAUAUUUUGGAUGACGAUGUGUCUGAGUCUGUGUAGAGGGACAGGAGUGUCAACCUGGAGUCCCAGCUUGUGCCUGCACUGACAGCUCAGUCAUCGGCACUGCAGUGGCAGCAGCAGGCCACACGGUGGUGCGCUUCUACCAUAGUUGGGAUGCUGUGUCCAUGGCCUUCAUGCUGUCUUACCUCGAAGUAGCCAGCAUGGUGCAAGCAUACCCUGCUGGCUGUGUUCCUCUGUACGCUGUCUCUCCUAGAUGUGGAGGAUGUGUCACUGGCCCGCGUGAACUGCGGCGA